AUGACCCUCCCUGUGGAGAGGGAAAGCUGGGAGACAGAGGUCACCACUCUAUCUGCACCUCCUCUGUCUGUCUCCAGGUAUAAGGUUGCCAUUACAAAGCAUAAGGACUCCGAGCAGACCAGCAGCAGUCUGUACAAUCAAAAUGACGUCUGGUCUCCAGCUGUUGACUUCAGCAAGUACAUUGCAGACAACGAAAGCAUUGAAAAUGAGGACCUGGUUGCCUGGGUGACCGCCGGUUUCCUCCAUAUACCACAUUCAGAGGACAUCCCCAAUACGGUAACUGUGGGUAAUGGGGGUGGGGUCCUGCUGCGGCCUCACAACUACUUUGAUGAGGAUCCAUCCAUAGACUCUCCUGAUGGAGUGUACUUUGGCCCUGGCAGCGAGACUAGCUGUGACACCAACAGGAUGGCCUGCCUUGCUAAAGAGCCCUGCAGCCCCGUGCUAGAGCCCUUCACUUACCAUGGUUUUGAUGGAGUCAUGAAGUUUGAGGAAUGGGUCUAAUUCAUUGACCACUGCUAGGUAAUAGCUUCCAUGACUUUGAAUUUCAGAGAUGGGCUGAUUUAGUAAUCUAUGCAUAAAGACGUAUGUGCCAGUUUGAACAUGAUUAUAGAGGCAAAUUGGGAGGGUUCAUUAUCAGUGCUGCAUGUGUUUUAAAGCUGCACUGUAGACAAGUGAAUGAGUAAAGGAAUGUUUUCACUAUUUUGGAUAAUAUGUUAAUGAGCUUUUUUCUGGGUGUGAGAAUAUUGAUACAACACUAAUACCUGUAUGUCAGACCUAGAAUCGGGAUGUGGUUGGCCUAGCUUAGUAUGAAGACUGGAAGCAGGAGGAAACAGCAAGCCUGGCUCUGUCCAAACUUAAUAAAUAUGCCCAUAAAAGGACAGGGAUAAACAUAAAACUUCAGAAAAUUUGAUAAACCAGAAAUAUUUUUUGUGCUUUAAUAACCAACCAAAGAUGCACUGCACUACCACUCUUUUGUUUUUCCAUUAAUAAUGUUCACUGCUACUGGAGGCACAAAAUUAACAACACUUUAGUUUCAAACAUUACAUUUCAUUUCAUUUAGCUGAUGCUUUUAUACAAAGCGACUUACAAUAAGUGCAUUCAACCAUUAGGGUACAAGAAUCAAGAAAGUACAACAUUCUUCAAGAAAGCCAAACUACAAAGUGCAAUAUGUAAGUGCCAUAUAAGUGCUACUGUUUUUGUUAUUUUGUUAUUUUUAAAUGUUUUAUUCAAGGUAUAGUCAGAAGAGAUUUGUUUUUGGUCUGCGGCGGAAGACGUGUAGACUUUCUGCUGUCCUGAUGUCAUUGGGGAGCUCGUUUCACCAUUUAGGAGCCAGGAAAGAAACAGUAAUGGUUUUGUUGAGUGUCUAGCUAUCCCUCACAGUGAGGGAGCAUCUGCCAAUCGGUUUGAUUGGCAGAUGCAGAACGGAGUGGACGGGCUGGAGUGUAAGGUUUGACGAAAUCCUGGAUGUAGACUGGACCCGAUCUGUUCUCAGCACGGUACGCAAGUACUAGUGUUUUGAAACGGAUGCGGUAACCAUUGAAGUGAAUGGAGGAACAAAGUAGUGUGAGUGAAUUUAGGUUGGUUAAAGACCAGUCGAGCUGUUGCAUCCUGGAUAAGGCGCAGAGGUCGGAUGGCACUAGCAGGUAGACCUGCCAGAAGGGAGUUGUAAUAAUAAUGCAUAAGAAGUAUCAUGUUUCCAAACUUUUCUUAGCAUUUUACUGCUUUAAGGGUGAAAUUCAUUAUGAAUGGCUUGCUUAAGUGCUUGUUACAAUAUAGCAUUUUUCAGACCUGGACUGAGCUCUGGAUAAUAUCCAGAAAUGAUCCAAAGAGGCAAUAUGUGAGAAUGCAAUUAGAAGCCUCCAGAUAUUCUCCAGUUUUUCUAGCAAUUGGUGAUAAGCUGGUGUGAUUGAAAAUCUCCUGUUGUAUUUUUCAUAUGUGAAGGGAAAACCACAUAAUCUGCACAUUGUUUAUAGUCCAUGUAUAAAAAUGGCUUAUGUGUCAUAUUAUACUUCACUGGAGUAAGAGCUAGAAAAUAGUGCAGUUCCAUUUACCUCAUUAAGAAACAGGUUUUUAUAUUGAGUCAUUGCACCAAAAUCUGAAUAUCCCACUUUAUGCUGUAUGUUUGUUUAUAACUGACCCUUGCAUUGCUCAUUGAGCUUUAGAGGUGCUGUCGGUGUAUUUGAAGUUUGAACAGAAGCAGACUCCCCUGCCUCCUCUCUUUAUUCUGAGCUAGACUAACUAGGUUCUGACUCCAGCCCUAUACUCAAAUACCUGAUAUCUAUAUAGAUCUUUUCCUCUUACUGUUGCAGCUAAAAUAAGUGCCUUUUAUAAAAAUGGGUAGGUGAUUGAUAAAUUCAUGGCCCAAAGUCAGAGAAGAGUUGUGUAGCUCUUAUUAAAUGCGCAUGUAGUUAAUCUCUUUGAGUGAUUAUGCAGAAAUAUUGUUAAAGGAGACGAUUGCACUGCUGGCAAUACCAAAAGUAGGAUUUAAAGUUUACAACUGAAAGAAAGAAAAAUCUUGUUUAAGCACUGUCUGAGAAAGUUGACAGCUUGUGAAGUUGUGGGCUACUGAUUUCCAACUGAGAGGCUGGAAGACAACCCUGAUCUUGGGUCACAUUUGAAAAAAGAAUGUGACUGUCUGGUUACAAUCAGGAUGAACAAAACAUGCAUGUAGUUGUCAUGGCUGACAAGAAUCAUGGAGACUGCAAAGAAAACAAUGGUGCUACGUCUUACGUUCUUCAAGAGAGAUGGACAAAAGGUAUUUUUUUUAGCUUAACUAAAAGUCAAGUUGUAUAAAAGAAUGACAGGUCUGGUAAGAAAGAAAUGGAUUUGUGCUUCACUGACCCAGUAUAGCAUCUACAUCCUCCAUAAACCUACACACUGGACCAUUCAUUGUAUGUUAUUUUUCAAAUAGAUGUAGUCCUAAAGCCCAUACCUUCUGCUGUUAGUGUUACACCCCUCCCCUUGAUAUCUACACUGAUCUCAUAACCUCUUUUGAAGUGACAGUGUAGUGGUUAACUACAGUGUAUACAUUCUAAACUGACACUGUGCACUUAAAUGGCACCAGGCUGUGACUACUGAACAACUGACUGAUGUUUUAUUCACUUGGUCUGUUUUUCUACUGUUUUCUGGGUUAUUGUAGUGUUGUUGUAUAUUCUCUAAAUAAAGGGCUAUUUGUACUUUU